AAGACUGAUUUUAAACCUCAACAGCUUAGGUCUUUGAGAUUGUUUAUCUUGAAUGUGCUCUUGGAUUAUGUGAAUUUUCCUUUUAGAAGAAGAAGGCGAUUCUCUACUCAAUCUUUACGAAGACAAAGGAAUAUUAGGCAGUCUUGGAGUUCAUUCCUCUGCUUUCCACUCUGAUUCUUCCUUAAGAAAGCAAGAAGUAGAGAUGGAACUCUAAAGCAAAAGAAAAGAGCAUGCGGCCAUGUGCAGAAGUGCAGGGGAAGGGAAGAAGUAGUGCAAAUUGAUAAAGAGGUGAGAGCAACAAGCGGCUACAGUUGGAGAUGCACAAAAUGAGAAGCAUGGGAAAUAGCAGCAGUGGCAGUGGUGGGAAGCCAUCCAUGGAUGACAUGAAUGAUGAUGAGACGGUCUCGAGAUCCGUUAUGGCUGCCUUUCAAGCCAGAGAAGAAGAGAUUCAGAGGAUGAUGGUACAAGUGAAGGAGAAGGUUGAAAUCCAAUUGGGACGGGCUGAGAAAGAAACCAGGCGCCUAGCAGAGAUUUGGGAAGAGCUUGAGGUGCUGGGAGAUCCCAUGGGGAAGGAAGCUGCAAAUGUACGAAAGAAGAUUGACAUGACGAACAGAGAGCUAAAGCCACUGGGACAGAGCUGCCAGAAAAAGGACAAAGAAUACAAAGAAGCCCUCGAAGCCUUCAAUGAGAAAAACAGGGAAAAGGCUCAACUUGUUACCAAAUUAAUGGAGCUGGUGAGUGAGAGUGAGAGACUGAGGAUGAAGAAGCUGGAGGAGUUGAGCAAGAACAUAGAUUCCAUUAAAUGAGAUUUGUCUCUGUUUGAAUACAACUUUGUAUCAUUACGUGACUUUUUCAUCAUGUUUUAGUUUACCGACUACACAGUACUAUAAUAGGUAUGGAAUGGUGACUCCCAUUCUGCAUCUCACCGAAGUGGCUAAUGUGUAAUAAAUUUCCAUUACGUGGAUUAUAAAUAACAGAAUAAAAAAGAGUUGCUACCUAUGGUAAAA